GGCGGUGCUAAAAUGGCGGCCAGUGACUUUAGGCAGCUUGGACUUGUUUAAACUGGAAGAUGUGGAGUGGACUGUUACCUCCAGGACUGAAUGAAAGUGAUGUUGACUUAAGUUCUGAUGAUGGAGACGAAUUGCACAGUUCCGUUUCAAAGGAAGAUGCAAAAGAAGAUACUAAAACAGUUCAGCUUUCUGAAUUCCAAGGAAAUGGACCUGAAAGUAGUGCCAUCAGUGAGCCCAUUGUGAUAUCAGUGGUGGAUGGAGCAAAUGAGUCUCAAACGUGCCCUUCUGGAGUUCCUUUAAACAUGUGGAAUAAAUUUGUGGAGCUUCAGAAGAAACACCGUGAAAUGAAGACCCAAGCAAACCAGGGAAACAGAAGCCGAAAGAGAAAGCGCCGCAGGAAAGAAAAACAGAACAAGAAUGAUGAAGUCACUAAGAGUAGUCAGCAGUUGGCAAAUGAAGACAAAUGGAAGGAACUUACACAAUACUUUGGAAUCAAUGAUAAAUUUGAAUCCCCUGUGGCUAGCAAGGCUCCACAAAAGUCUGGCCUUGAACUUAGCAUAGAGAAGUCUGUGGCUGAAGGUGACAUUGAUAAGGCUGAGGAGCUGAGUGAUAGAUUAGCCAUUCGUGAGCUUGGUGUGAAAAUUGCUAAAGCUGCUGCUUGCCGCAACUUUGUAAAAGCCAAGCAAGAAGCGGAGGCUGCCCAAGAAGCUCGAAAGAAAAAGAAGCUUGCUUGGGGAUUUGAAGCCAAGAAAAGAUGGGAAACAAAAAGCAACAUGGGAUACAUGUAGUCCAUCCUGUUUUCCUCAGGAGACAAAUACUUGGUGUUGCUUGAAGAAUCUUUCCUAAAUCUGAACGUAAAAACCCCUAAACAAAAUUCAACACAUCAAACUCCUUGUUUAAUGCCACUAGACUGCAGUGUCUGGCUUUUGGCUCUCUUACAAUGUAGUGAAAAAUACUACUUGAACAUCAAUGCUAUGUUAAACAUGCUAUUUUUCUCCAAAACCUGAAAAUCUAAGCUAAUACAUUGCAGAAUGUAUUUGGAGUCUGGAAGAGAACUCUCUAAAGUUGGACUAGAAUACUUGGACCAGAUGUGUUCUGUGCUGCACUGCAGUUAUACUGCAUGGGUGUGUGGGGAGGAAUAAGUUUUCCGGUUCAGAUUAAACAGACUUCAUGCAGUAAGUAAAAUACUUCUCUGGUUGAUUGAAAUUUUGCUGGCACUAAAUAAAGAA